CGGUUCACCCGGCACAGGGUGGUCAGGGUACUCAAUGUGUGCUCAACUUGUACGUAAACAAUCCGCGAAAUAGUUUUGUAAUUACAGGUACUAUAAAUUAUAAUAUACGGAUUGUGUACAAGGGGUCGCACAAAGAGCCAUGGAGGAAAUAUGCCGGGUGUGCCUGGGGCACUACGAUGACAUGGUCAACAUAUUCGAGGGAACGCUAGGACUGGUACCUUCUAUUCCGGACAUGAUAGCCGAGUGGUCCGGCUACCGGGUGGAGAAAGGAGACUCGCUGCCCGAAAGCAUAUGCCUGGGCUGCUUGGAAGACGCCCAGAACGCUUUCGAGAUCCAGCAGACCUCCGAGAUGGGACACCAACUGCUGUGCCAGGUCAAGGCAGCGGACCGCAUCGGGAAUGCUCUGCGAAAGGAGGAAUACUUCACAAUAUCAGACUCUGAAAGUGAGGCAUCGAGGACUGGCCAUCCACUCAAGGACACAGCAUUCGCGGCAAACCCACCAAACAAGGAAACAAAUGCCCAGCAAUUCGAUAGCCCUACUGUGGAGCUGAACUCCUUGGAGGAUGAGUUGUGCCGCGGCCAACCUGACCCAUCCAUGUACCAGUUUUCGGAGGACAGCAACAGCAAGAUAUCAGUUGGUGACGUCGAACCACCAAAUGGCUAUGUUCAGGAUGAAGUCUGUGAAAUAUCAGACGAUGAAACCAAGUCAUCAGAUUGUCAAAUUCAAGAGGACGCCAAGGGUGAAGUAUCAGUCAAGAAAGAUGAGUCUCCCCAUAGUAAAGUUGGCAAUAAUGAUAUGGAGGAUAAUGAAGGGCGGCCGCACAAGUGCCCCCUCUGUGCCAAAACCUUUGCACGCCAUUGUAGUUAUAAGAAUCACCUGAGGACCCAUGCGGAGGAUGCGGACUCUGCCUCAGAAGCCAGUACUUACAUUCCAAGUGACAAACGGAAAGGUCCACGUAAAUCGGAUCCAGCGCAGGAGUCUGUAAAGGAUAGCACUUCUUCCAAGUCCGACGACGAACCCUACCGUCCAAACCAAUCCGGUGCGGAGCAAUAUAAGCGGGUUGACUCAAGUGAGCGCCCAUUUCAGUGUAAACUGUGCCAGAAGACGUUUCAGCGCAAAGCGGGUGUGAUAGUACACUUGCGGGUACACACGGGCGAACGGCCCUAUAAAUGUAGCCUAUGCCCCAGUGCUUUUAAGCAGCAGAUUGACGUUAAACGACACAUGUUGACCCACACAAAGGAACGACCGCACAAGUGCCACCUGUGCGACAUGGACUUUACGCAUCCCUCUGCCCUGAAGGUGCACCUCCUCGACCACAAGGGAGAAAGACCAUUUAAGUGCAAGCGAUGCCCGAAAACUUUUAGGUUCAAUGCUUGUCUGAAAAUACACAUGCGAGAUCACACUGGCGAACGGCCGUACAAAUGUGGCAAAUGCUCGAAGAGUUUUAAGCUUAGAAUAGAUUUGGGGCGACACCCAUGUUCAGGAAAGAGAUAUGAGCUGAAGCAAAUUAGAAGCCGAAUGCCUCGAAAAAAACCUCUGCUUCUGUGCGAUUUCUGUCCCAAGGUUUUUGUCCACAAAAGUUCAUUGACAGUGCACCUCCGGGUGCACACAGUAGAACGGCCAUAUAAAUGUGAUCAGUGCACCAGCACUUUUAAGCACCGCAUCGACCUAAAGCGGCACAUGUCAACCCACACAAAGGAGCGGCCGUACAAGUGUUCGCAGUGCGACGCGACCUUUUGGCAUCACCUGACCCUCAAGGUACACGUGCGGGAUCACUCGGGACUUAAGCCCUAUAAAUGCGAUCAUUGCCCAAAGGCUUUUAGGUAUCGCACGUCUCUCAAAGCACACAUCGAUGUUCACUCGAAAGAAAAGUCCUAUGAUUGUGACGAAUGCCAUAGACGUUUCACCCAUCUUUCCAACCUUAAGCGUCACAGGACUAUGGGUCACAAUCGAAAUUUCAAGGUAAAAAACAACCUGGAGGAACACCUUAAGACCCAUUCGAGUGAGAAACCCUUUAAAUGUAAUCGCUGUCAAAGGACUUUUAAGAUGUAUUCCUCGUUCAAGGCGCACAAAAGUGUACACAUAGGAGAAAAGCCGCAUAAAUGUCCUUAUUGUUCGAAAGUAUUUGCCUAUCAAGCCUCUCUGACGUCGCACAUCCGGUCCCACUCGAAGUUAUGAAGUAGCUAAUGGCCAUCGUGUUUUACGCACCUAUUCCACCUCAGGGAAAAAUAAAAAUAAAUGUAGAUUUA